CACUGCGGUUCCGCUGCUAAUCGCUUACACUCGACUUCAAGACAAGCCUUAUUCAUGUACCUGUUUUUGGACUUUAAGAUCAUCUUCUGAGGAGUGGCAAGGUCCUUCAACACUUGCGGUGUUGUUGUGAGUCGGUUGACAGUCCGUCGACUUCUUGCCUUGUUUAGCUCUGCAACGAACCAGGCAGCGCUCCGAACAAAAGCCAGUGAACUUGACAUUGCAGAUAGCGUACAUGCGUUGUUUUUAUCUAUACAUUUCAGUAGGCCUGUAGUUUUAUCGGUGAACAGUUAAACUGUGUCCAUAACAAUGAAUAAAUCUAAGUUAGCAAUCGGACUUUUUGUCGCGGGUACUCUGACUGCAGUGUUUGGGUUAGUUAUUUUAUUCGUUGGACCAAUCAUCAUUGACGACCAAAUAGUAAAGAACUUAGUAAUAGACCCUGAGAAUGAGUUGUCCUACACCAUGUGGAAGGACAUCCCUGUCCCGUUCUUCAUGUCUGUCUACUUCUUCAACAUCCUCAACCCCACUGAAUUCCUGGCGGGAGAGAUACCCAUGGUGGAGCAGAGAGGACCCUACGUAUACAGGAAGCGUCUUCAGAAGCAGAACAUCACGUUCCAUCCCAACCAUACAGUGUCCUAUCUUGAAUACAGGAGCUACUUCUUUGAGCCCAGCAUGUCAGUGGGCAACGAGUCGGAUGUGGUCACCAUCCCUAACAUGCUGGUGUUGGGUGCGGCGGUGAUGAUGGACAACAUGCCACACGCAGUGCGUCUGUUGCUCAGUGCCACCUUUAAGAGCUUUAAGGAGGGACCCUUCCUAAGCAAGUCUGUAGGGGAGCUGAUGUGGGGCUACGACAGCAAGCUGGUGGACUUCCUCAAUAAGUGGUUCCCUGGGAUGCUGCCCUCCACUGGCAAGUUUGGCCUCUUCUCUGAGUUCAACAACUCCAACACUGGUAUGUUCACCGUCCACACUGGGAAGGAUGACAUCCGGCUGAUUCACAAAGUGAACUCAUGGAACGGCUUGACCAAGUUGAUAUAUUGGAAGACUCCCCAGUGUAACAUGAUCAACGGUACAGCAGGACAAAUGUGGCCGCCCUUCAUGACCAAAGAGUCCACACUGCCGUUCUACAGUCCUGACGCCUGCAGGUCUUUGGAGCUGGUGUAUCAGCGUGAGGGGAUAAUGAAAGGGAUUCCCCUCUAUCGCUUUGUGGCUCCUAAGACUAUGUUUGCUAAUGGCUCAGACUACGCUCCCAAUGAGGGCUUCUGUCCCUGCAGACAAUCUGGCCUCCUCAACGUCAGCAGCUGUCGAUCCAACGCCCCAGUGUUCAUUUCCCAACCCCACUUCUACAAUGCUGACCCUGUGCUGCUGGACUACGUACAGGGACUUCAGCCUACUGAGGACGAACACGGACUUUUCAUAGACAUCCACCCUGAGACUGGUGUGCCUCUGAAUGUGUCUAUCCGUCUGCAGCUCAACCUGUACAUGAAGAAGGUGUCGGGUAUCACGGAAACGGGGAAGAUCUCGGAGGUUGUGAUGCCCAUGAUCUGGUUUGAGGAGAAUGGCUAUAUGGACGGUGCCAUCGUGAAAACGUUCCACACCAACCUGGUGCUAUUGCCAAUGGUGAUGGUGUACAUGCAGUACUGUUUCCUAGGCCUGGGCCUGGCCACUGUUCUGGGAGCUGUACUCCUACACUACAGUGGGAAGAUCAUAAAAUGUGACAGGACUGUCAUACCGGACGCCAGCGUGAGCACUUCAUCCAGCGAGCAAACCCCUCUAAUACAGGACCACGUGGACUAACACGCAUGUAGGGGGCGAGCUGCCUAGCCCAGUUCUGCAGGACACUCUGCAUGUGUUUUAUUGAGACUGAUGAUCACUGGAACUCCAAAAACCACUGAUUCUCUCCUGCUAUCUAUAUAUCUCUCUCUCUCUCUCUCACUCUCAGCUAUAAACUCUCUCACCUGGUACAGUUUUCACCUGGUCCUGCAUCUGCUCCGGGAGACUUUGGAGACCUUCAUUCUGACCAGUACUCACCGGUCAACAGGGAAGUGCAGGACUACCCCGGUUGGUUCUGCUCUCUGGUGGUGUCCCAUCCAAUCCUCCAAUGAGGAUCCACUAUUGGACUACAUCACCGCAUCCUCAGUCACUUAUGUGAAUCCUUCCUUCGUCUGUUGGUCCUUCCAGUUCCUCCGAUGUUUUAACAACUUACUAUCAUGUGUUUUUACUAUUCCUGAAAUGCCAUAGGAAACCACACCACUAGAUCUGUAUUGUCCUGCUUUCCUCUCCUCUGGUGUGUGUGUAGAAGUUGCCUGUAUGCACAGACCUAGGAUCAGAUAAUCCUACCCUUAGCCUUUUUAGGGGAAGAAAUGGAAAAGUGACCUAAAAUCGGCACCUAAAAGCAACAUCAUUCUACAAUAUCUCACCAGAACAACGAAUCAAAAAGGGAACUUGUUUCUGGGGUAAAGUCCAGUCAAUUCAGGAAGUAGACUGAAAUUCCAACUAUCUUCCAUGCUUUUCAAUUAGGGAAACUGGAAUUUGGUUUACUUUCUGACUUGACUGGCAUUUAAAUGGGAUUUACCCCCAACUCAGGGACAAAGGCGUACCCACUCAGGCUGCUCCAAAAACGCAUGACUUGUUGGUGUUCCACAUGGGAUAUUAUUUGUCUUUUUACCUAAGCACAGUACUUGACUUGGGCAGGAGCUCACGAACUGAGUACCGGCAACUCAAAUGUUCUUCUGCUUGAAUUCCUGCACCUCCUAUUGAGUAUUAACUCCAAAGUAUUAAGGAGUUCUUACACUUAAAUACAAACUGUACCAGCACCCAAAAUGAGUACCGGAAAGUCGAACACAUUCCUAAACGUGUCUACACCAUCAGAUCGAAUUCAUAGCAAACCGAAGGAUGGGUGUGUGAAAACAAAAGGGAUAUAUAUUUACAAUCUAUUUUUCAGAUGUCCUUGAGUGUCCUGAAAGGCAUCUUACAUCAAAUCUGGUGCUGUACAUAAAGUGUAUUUCAUUUAGGCCUAUGUAAUGAAUUUGAAUGAAUUAUUUACCUGGGAAAUCAAAUAAACUGUCAGCUUACCAAUUUCAAAAUAAUGGGAGGGUUCUUGUACGUGUCACUUCACACUGAUACCAUGUGCAGCAAACUGUAGCAAUAGCUGUGUAGGCUAGACUGUGUAGGAUACUCACCGUGAGCCAGCGGGAACUCACUAGCCAACAACGCUCACUGUUUACAUUUUUUUUUUUUUAAUUUUAAGAUCCCAUUUCUAGAAGAGCAUGUUGGAGCAUAUGCCAUGUUAUUUGAUCUCAGUGAUUUCACCAUGAAGGGCCUCCUGUCCCCCUCUAUAUUACUCACGGAUCUCAUUUAAGGGCCUUUUAAGACAUUGUCAGUCAAUUCAAUCAGCGCUUACAAUUCUGUUUUCAUUCAACACUUGUAUUUGUGAAAUGAUAAGUCUCUUCUCCACUUCGACUCAUGGACAUCAGUCCAGUGAAAAAGUUAUUUAAAUGUACGCUCCGAUGUGCCUCGCAAAUAAUAGGCUAUUGUCUUACCCGUGUUAAUAGCCUAGCGUGAGACUCAUUUUGAAAUCGAAGGGAUUCUAUGUUAUAAGGGUAGGCCUACGUGGAUAAAACUGGAUCUGUUAUUUAUAUAUGAAAAUAUGCAUGAAACAGUCAAACCUGUAUUUCCAGUCAAUGAUUUUUAGGAAUUGAAUUGGAAACAGAACUGUGCCCUGUUUCUCUGCCCAUGCAUUAUAGUUAGGCCCUAUAGGCUAUCGAUUAAUUUAAUUGUUCAUCAGAUACUUCAUAUACAAUUAAUUAUAUUCUCACCCAUUACGUUAUUGUCAAUUUAAUUGUGUCUUUAUGCUAACUAUAUGUAAAAUUACUUUUGAUAUGGUUUAUGUGUGGUUUGGUUGGACCAUCGGCUGCACAGACCUGAUGGGCAGGGGAGGGAAUGACAUCUUAAUAUCAACCAGAAUUGAGGUUAUAAGCAUUGCGAUUCUAACAACGAUCACGUGUUGGACUUAUUUAGGACAGGGGUGACAGCUUUAAAAAGUAAAAAUGGCAGAGUAAUUGGAGAAAGUGGAUUUCCAGUCAAUGACUUUUGGCUUCUCCUAGUGUUGAAGGGUUACGUUUGUGGCUGCCUAGUCUACUAGUCUCCUGGUUGCUGAUCCAGAGAAGUUGCCAAGCCUGUUGUGCUUAUUACUGCUAUAUCAGGGUGUUUUAUGUUCUAGUCUCACUCUAUUAAUUAUAGCUCUACGGUUUAUUAUGUGUAGUAGGUCUGAGUUUUUUUUUUUUUUUUUUUUUUUUUUUUUUUUUUUUUUUAAAACCACCUAAAUUUUAGCAGGCCCUGCCAUGAAUGGAUUUCUGCCUAUGCCAUUGCGUCGACUUUUUUUUUUUUUUUUUUUUUUUUUUUUUUUUUGCAAUUGUUAGGAAUAACGCCUCAUUCAGAGUAAAUUAGUUGACCUAGAAAUGUCCCUCUACUGAUGGCAUAGGCACCAAUAAUGACGGAUGUUUUACUACACCGAUGUGCCUUUUCAAUUGGAAACUUCUCCUUUGCCCAAAUGGACUCCUAAACCCUUGCCACUCCAUGUAGAUUUGAGAGGAUUGGAUCUGGUAGCUCCACCUUACCCUCUGGAUUUUCACCAUACAGCAAAUGCUCAUGGGCGUCCAAGGCUAGGGGCCAGGGGUCAAUUUGGAAUUGGGACGUUUAUGGUGUGUCCUGUGUAUUGUGGCCAAAGACCAGGGGUGCUCAAACUUUUGGGCUUGGUGGGCCAAAAUAUAAUCUAAGUGGUGGGCCACGGCCUGAACGUAUAAGUAUUUAUUAAAAGUACAAUAAAAGAUCGCUUUUUAGUAAGCAAACAUAAAAUUGCACUUCAAAACAUUGUAGCCAUAACUUGAAACCCAACUACAUUCUGAUUUACCACCUCACAGGCAAGACAAUUUAGUGUCCCCUCCCCCCAGGGGCCAUUGUACAAAUGUUGCCAUGACUUAUGCCAUGUUCUUCUGAGUGAGUGACUAAGUAAACAAUCAGUGUGGGGCCCCUGGGCACAUGCCCAGUUGGUAGUUUGGUGAAGAUUUAUCUAAACCUUGUAGAAUACUAAUCAAUCUAGCAAUAACAAAAAUAUGUUCCCUGACAUGGGCUACAUUACCAUGAGAGGGCCAAACCAAAUGUUGUUGGCCCUGCCAUAGACCAUACUGUACACAGUAAUAAUUAUGUGAUUGACUGUAAAGAGCGUAGUACCUAAAAAUGCUUGUGUCCAAACUAUGGCUGUGUCUCAAAUGGCACCCUAUUCCCUAUAUAAUACACUACCUUUGGCCAGAGUGCACUAUUAGGGAUUUGGGUGCCAUUUUGGAUGUAUGUAUUGGGGAAUAGGGUGUCUUUUGGGACACAUAUUGGGAAUGGGGUGUCUUUUGGGAGGCACACAAGGGUCUGGAUGUGUUUCAUUGUGCUUUUUGACAAUGCAGGAUCUUUGAAUGAGAUGGCUGUUGUGAGAUUUGUGAAUUUGCACCAUCGUACUCCUUUAAGUGGCGAGGAUAAUUUUGUAAAUAAAUGUGCCAUGAAUUGGCGUACAUUACUUCCA